GACGCGUCACCUCGCACUUUCCCGCAACCACGAACACAGAACAGAAUGGAUCCAGAGGUUGAGCGACUAAUGAUGAUGCAGCAAGGAGGGAGAGGCCAGGCUGCGCGGCCAGACGCAGGCACUCCAGAUAACGGCGAAGUUAUUCACAUAUCCUCCCUUGCUCUCCUCAAAAUGCUCAAGCAUGGCCGUGCAGGCGUGCCCAUGGAAGUGAUGGGUCUGCUUCUCGGAGAGUUUGUAGACGAAUACACGAUCCAAAUUGUCGACGUCUUUGCCAUGCCUCAGUCUGGGACAACUGUCAGUGUCGAGUCUGUCGACCACGUCUUUCAAACGAAGAUGUUGGAAAUGUUAAAGCAAACUGGGCGACCUGAGAUGGUUGUUGGCUGGUACCAUUCUCAUCCAGGGUUUGGCUGUUGGCUUUCAAGCACCGAUAUCAAUACACAACAAUCCUUCGAGUCCCUUAACUCGCGCGCUGUCGGCGUUGUCAUUGACCCCAUCCAAUCCGUGAAAGGAAAGGUGGUUAUCGACGCGUUCCGUCUUAUCAAUCCUCAGACGAUUAUGAGUGGACGUGAGCCCCGGCAAACGACAUCUAAUAUUGGGCACAUCAACAAACCUUCCAUCCAAGCACUAAUACAUGGCCUAAACCGCCAUUACUACUCUAUUGCUGUCGCUUGGCGGAAGACGGAACUGGAGCAGGCGAUGUUGAUGAACCUGCAUAAACGCAAUUGGACAGAAGGCUUGAAGCUCCGUGACUUCAAUGGCCACAAGGAGAGCAAUGAGAAAGCCGUGAAGGCAAUGCUCAACUUGUCAGAGGCGUACAACAAAUCUGUGCAAGACGAAUCCACUCUAACUGCCGAGCAACUCAAGACGCGUCACGUUGGAAAACAAGAUCCUAAGCGACACUUGGAGGAGGCAGUUGAAAAAGCGAUGGGAGACCAAGUUGUACAAACACUAGGCACGAUGCUACUGGCGGAGUUGUAA